AUGUCGUCGAUUCAGGAGGGAAACAACAGUCUUACGAACCAGUCUCUACCACAGGUCGAGCAGAACCAAUCAAACUCUAAUAGGUCCGACUCCCGUGCGGAAAGUUCGUCGACUCAGGAGGAAAACACUCCUCCACAAGUCGAGAAUCAAUCAAACACUGGGUCCGAUUCAGACCAUCCAGAUCCGCCUAGCAAGUUAUGGGGUAUUCAAGACCCGUUCAAAUACGCCCCGCCUAAACCUGAAGGAGAUCCGUGGGCUCUGUUAUUGGACCCGUUGAUCAAGAAGGACAAGGCUCAAUGUGAUGCCUGGAAGGAUGAAGUACAGAACUUGCUCAUUUUUGCUGGACUGUUCUCUGCGGUUGUUACCGCUUUCAUUCUCGAAUCGUACAAGAACCUCCAAGCGGACCCUAACGACACCAUUGUCUCCCUUCUUUCUCAAAUAGCAUUGCAAACGGAUAGGUCUCUCAAUGCAACUGCGGUCAAGUUGGAGCCCGCAAACCCUUUUGUGCCUACCCCGUCCUCUAUUCGUGUCAACGUCUUCUGGUUUCUCAGUCUUAUCCUCAGCUUGGCCACAGUCGUCAUUGGUAUUGUCUCUUUACAGUGGCUAAGGGAGCACCAGUCUUACGACUCAGACCUUUCGCCACGGUCAAAAUAUGCGCUAUUCAAUAUGCGAGCUGAUGGAUUGAAAGCCUGGCACGUUGAUAAAUUUUUUACUGGUUUGCCACUAUUGCUACAGUCUGCGCUGGUCCUCUUUCUAGGAGGAGUCAUUGACUUUCUUCAUGCUAUUGGAUAUUGGGCUGUGACUAUUCCUGUUAUGAUUGCCAUUUCCUUCAUCUUGAUGUUCCUCAUUGCCACCACAGUUAUCCCUUGUCUUCAAGUGAUCCUUCUUUCCUUCACUCUCCCAUAUGAUACCAAAAAAACCUCAAACCCGAUUGUUCCUCCAAGGCAAUGUCCAUAUAAAUCACCCCAAUCCCAAGCCAUACAAUGGAUCUUCACAUUUCUACAUCAAACAAAUGCACUUAAUUAUCUACAGAAAAUUUCACUCAAUGUUAAAGCUUUCUCCAAACACCUCUUGGCGGGAUAUCCGGGCCGUUUUCGUUUUGUUGAUUUUGGUGAAGCUAAAGACAUCACUUCCUGUACCAACUUUACACUAUGCCUCCUCAAGGCUUUCAAAGCGCAACGGUGGGCGCAGUUUGAUUUAGCCUGGCUUUGCAUUCGUGAUGCGUACAUGCGACGCUCAUUUAACAAUGACGUCUGCUCCCUUGGCUUUGAAGACAACUAUACGUUUCCCAUUUACGAUGCCGUAGCACGGUUACUUCUACAGCGCUACCAGAAAUCAACCGCUCACUCGGCAUAUCACUGUUUUGACGAGAUAUCGCUGAUGAAUGAUGUAUAUCGGGAUAAUGUGCCAGAACGAUAUUUGGACAGACUUUUAACGAAUUCUUUGGGCCUUGCUGAGGAUACAAGCUUGUUAGACUUUUUAGACAUGCCAAGUGAACUUUCCUUCGACGCCAGUGACAUGCCAGACGACCUCACCAUCCUUCGCCAACAAAGCCUCAUAUAUUUUGUUGGAGCCUUCCCGACUCAUCAUCAGCCGGUAAUCGCAUACCGACAACAUAGACUUGAACUUUAUGUCCGCCUGCUGGGGUACUUCCCCAAAAAUUAUAGUUACGUUGACGUGUGUGCGAACAAAAAAAUCCCGUGGUGUUUAACCGUCCAAAAAAACUUUUACGACCUACGCAUUAAUGAUGUGGUUUCUGCAGAGGCUUCUGAAAUUAUGUGGCAUCUGGGAGCUAUCGCCUUGUCUGCUUUGCAAGACCUGGAGCCUAUUGGUCGAACCGAUCCUGUCGUAUUUAUUGAUCGUUAUGACUUGGCUGAGACGAUGCAUUGGGUGUCCUCUGCCGCGCUCAUGCACGCAAAUUACUCGGUGAAGGGGAGAGAGAGAGAGCUCCUCAACCGAAGGGACUUCCGGGAUCUUCUUUCAUCAAUCGUAUUGUUUCUUGAAGAAAAAAUGGCCAACCACGUUCAAGCUUUGAAAAUAUGGGCCAAACCUGAUUUCCAACACCAUCCAUGCCUCCUUUUUUACUUGGCUGCUAUCUGUUGCUACCAAUUUAGCCAGGCCACUGAAGGUCAUUCCUUCCACACUUUCUGCGCCACGGUGCAAGAAUACAAGGAGCUCACUAUAGAUGAUGGUCGAUGCGACCGGAAGAUCGAAGCAGGGCUACGCUCUGGCUGUUUAACUGCCAAUUCUGACCUUUUCUCCAAAAGGUGGUGGGAUAAUAUGUAUAUAUCCGACUUACCGUCCAAUGAUUCGACGAGACCAUGA